UCUCGGGAUGCAGCCUGUCAGCGAUGGAGCUUGGCCCUCCGUCGGGCGGAGGGCCUCGCAACUCUUCAGUCCGAGCCAUCCGCAACAUCUGCGUCAAUUUUCAGUCGGACCAGCGAGGUGGGGCUCCAGCCUGGACAGGUCGACUCCAGGGGGAAGCUGCUCAGGUCCGCGCACCUGGCGCACCUGCACGGCCCUAGCCGCGUUGGCCUGGAGUUUGCGCCUGGCUGUUUGGAAGGCGCGCUUUUCGCGCUUCAUUCAUGGACAUUCGCGGAAGACCUUACAGGGCUUGCCCGAAGUGCCGGACCUGGACCUCAACGUCCUGCCGCCGGUGCUGCCGCAGCGCCGCGCCAACGUCAGCGUCACCAAGAAGGUGUGGCGCAAGAUCGUGUAUUGGGCGAAGGUUCGAGACCAGAUGAGCAAUCGCUUGAGUUACAUCAAUGGCGACUUCGAACCGCUGAAGGUUGCCAUACUGGGUGGAGGAGCCUUUGGCACGGCCAUGGCCACGCAUGUGGCUCGAAAGGGCCAUCGUGCCAUCAUGUUGCUGCGGGACAAGUCAGUGUGCAAGUUCAUGAACCGCAAUCACAUCAAUCCCAAGUAUUUGCGAGAAUUUAAGUUGCCCAAGGAUAUCUAUGCUACCACCAGUGCCGAGGACGCCUUGGAGGAAUGCGAUGUGCUGAUCCAUGCGGUACCGGUGCAAUCCUCCAGGAAGGUGUUGGAGGCGAUCAAAGAUUUAGUGCCCAAAGAUGUGCCAGUGGUGGCGGUCUCGAAGGGCAUUGAACUUGGGAACAAGAAGCUGAUGUGCGACCUCAUCCCUGAGGCCUUAGGGCGUGAGCCACAGCAGGGCGGGGUGGUGGUAGUCUCUGGCCCAUCCUUUGCUCAGGAGAUCAUGGACCGAAGACCCACCUCGGUGGUAGCAGCCUCUAAGAGCCCCGAAGCAGCUGAGAAGGUUUCGAGGCUGUUGACCUCAAAAUACUUCCGUGUGAGCAUGACAGACGACGUCCUGGGUGUUGAGGUUGCGGGCGCUCUGAAGAAUGUCUUGGCCAUCGCUGCGGGCAUUUGCGAGGGUCUGAACCUUGGAACCAACGCGAUGUCGGCAUUGGUUACGCAGGGCAAUGCGGAGAUUCGCUGGUUGGCCACUGCCAUGGGUGCCCGACCAGAGACCUUGGCGGGUUUGUCGGGCAUGGGUGACAUUCUCCUGACCUGCUUCGGGAGCUUGUCGCGCAAUCGUCGUGUGGGAGUGCGCCUGGGCAAAGGCGAUCCCUUCGAGGACGUGAUCAACUCAAAGCAAGGGGUCGCAGAAGGAGUCUUCACAGCCAGGUUGGUGGUCGAGCUGGCUGAUGAGUACAAGGUGCUGUUGCCAGUGCUCACCUCCGUGGCACGGAUCUUGUGUCGCGAAGUCUCGCCCAAAGAGGCGGUGUUUGAGGUUUUGGCCCUCCCGCCAUGGACAGAGAGCGCUUGAGGUUUCCACUACGAGCACGGCGGACAUGGCUACGCUUUCCAUCGAUUUCCAACGUCUUCAUGUCGACCGCCGGUUUUAAGUGGCGCGCCGCCCAUUUUUUCCAUUGCCCACAGCACGACCAACACAACAAUGCCACAUCAAUGUUUGGUUGAAACUCUGG